CGGCUACAGGUGGACACCCAUCAUAAUUACUUAGCACGUACGCCUUCAAGACCCAUGGUUCAGAAACUCCGUUGCCGAUUUUGCCGUCAUGAGAGGCCACCAACCUGAUGCCAUCCCAGUACACCCUACUGGCUUGUAGAAGGGUAUAAAGCCCACCAUGUAGAGCCUCUCGAAGUCCAUCAUUUCAAGCUCUCUAUUGCAUAGCUUGAAUCAUUACAUCCAUCAAUUACCCUAUACAUUUAUCUUCAUUCACAAUCAUGACUGAUAAGCGGAUUGUUCUUGUGACUGGUGCCAAUGGCUACAUUGCCGGCCCAGUCAUCGAAUUAUUUCUCAAGGCAGGGUACGCCGUGCGUGGAACGGUUCGAUCCAAGGCUUCUGCGAAUGCUCUCGUUGAGGCGCUAUCUCAAUACCGCGAUGAUCUCGAGAUUGUUGAGGUACCAGAUAUUGUUGCCCCAGGGGCGUUCGAUACGGCCGUCAAAGGAAUCCAUGCCAUCGCACAUUUGGCUUCCCCCGUGAGCUUCAGAUUCACGGACCCUGAUCCUGUCCUGGAGGCCGCGGUGGAGGGAACCCGCGGCAUCUUGGAGUCCGCACUUAAGGAACCUUCCAUCAAGAGCGUCGUCUUGAUGUCUUCCAUUGCUGCCGUCAUGAACAAGAAGGAAGAUUCGCCUCGCUUCACUGAAGCAGACUGGAACACUGAGGCCUUGGAUCAGGUCAAGAUCCUCGGCAAAAAGACCCCAGGCCCACUCAUUUAUGUGGCCAGCAAGGUUGCCAGCGAGCGUGCAUUCUGGGAGUUUCGUAUUGAGAAAAAGCCCUCCUUUAGCAUGAGUGCUAUCAACCCUACCUUCGUCAUGGGUCCACCCACAGCAGCCGAAUCUUUAUCCAAGAUUGGUGGGACGACGGCUUUUAUCUUGCAGAUAUUCUUAGGACAAGAAAUCCCCUUCCCCAUCUCACCCAACCCUAGCUUUGUUGAUGUCCGAGACGUUGGCAGAGUCGUCGUCUUCGCAGUCGAUCAUCCCGACAAGGUAAACGGAGAACGCUACAUCUUAGCGAAGGGAAUGGUUCCUCCUCAGGCAGCUGCCGAUAUUCUCCGUGAGGCAUUCCCCAAUCGCCGCGAUAUCAUCAAGGAAGGGGCACCUGGUGAGGGUUACUACCCAGGGUUCGCGUUUCCAGAGAACAGAAUCAUCGACGGAUCCAAGGCAAUCGAGGUGACCGGGCAGCCUCAUUACGCCGUGGAACAGACGAUUAUCGACACAGCUAAGUUUCUGGAGAAAUUCCUUUGAGUUUUUGGAGUUGCAUGAAAUAAUUUUGCGCUAUGGGCGUUUGGUAUGAAUAGGCUCGAGACGAUACAUAAUAAUAAUCUACUU